AGUAAGAUGGCGGUGGCUGUGAGAACUUUGCAAGACCAGCUAGAGAAGGCUAAAGAAAGCUUGAAAAAUGUGGACGAAAACAUAAGAAAACUAACGGGCAGGGAUCCGAAUGAACUCAGACCGGGUCAAGCGAGGAGGCUGACCAUCUCAGGCCCAGGGGGAGGUAGGGGGCGAGGAAUCAACAUUUUAAGGCGUGGACUCUCUGAUGGCGGUGGAGGACCUCCAGCAAAACAGAGGGACAUAGAAGGGGCUCUCUUGAGGCUGGCUGGAGAUCAGCGAGCGAGGAGAGAUUCACGCCAUGACAGCGACGCUGAGGAAGAUGACGAUGUCAAAAAACCAGCGUUGCAGUCAUCUGUAGUAGCUACCUCCAAAGAGCGAACGCGCCGAGAUCUUAUUCAGGACCAGACCAUGGAUGAGAGGGGCAAACAGAGAAAUCGGCGCAUGUUUGGCCUGUUGAUGGGAACGCUGCAGAAAUUUAAACAGGAAUCUACUGUGUCCACUGAGAAGCAAAAAAGACGGCAAGAAAUUGAGCAGAAAUUGGAAGUGCAAGCAGAACAGGAGCGUAAAAAAGUGGAGAGCGAGAGGCGAGAGCUUUUUGAAGAGAGACGUGCCAAGCAGACCGAGCUGAGGCUUCUGGAGCAUAAAGUAGAGCUUGCUCAGCUGCAAGAAGAGUGGAAUGCGCAUAAUGCGAGGAUUAUUAAAUUCAUUCGCACAAAGACCAAGCCCCCUAUCUUUUAUUUACCUGCUCGCAUGUGCUCAGCCACUCAGAAGCUCCUAGAGGAAUCCCAGAAAAAACUGAACGCUGUGUUUGAGGAGAGACGUGAGGCUUUUGCCGAGCAUCUUAACAAGAUGGAGGCUCGGCCAAGGCGCCAGUCCCACAGGACGGGAGAAAGGGAGCAGCAGGAGGUGGCUCAGGCUGAAGAGCUGAAGAAGGAAGAAGAGGGUAAGCUGGGAGUAGAACUGUCAGGUAACAGGCACGAUGUGGAAAUGGAGGAUGAGGAGGAAGAGGUAGGAGAGGAGGAAGGGGAAGAGAGGGAGGUUAGGGAAAGGGAGAGGGAGCAGGAGCAGGUAGAGGAGGUUAAGGAGCGAGACGAGGAGAUGAGGGCAGAGGAGGAUGAGGAAGAUGAGGAGGAAGAGGAAGAUAAAGAGCCAGUGGAGAGUAGAGAGGGAGGGAAGCAUAUGGAGGUCUCGGCAGCAGUCAGGGAAACUGAGAGUCAGGCAGGAAAGGUUGAGCAGCAGAUGCAGAGCCCAGAGGCAGCGGUGGAGGAGGUAGGUAAUGAGAGCAGAGAGGAAGAGCAAGAAUCAGGGAAGGAACCUCACCAGGAGCCCGUAACCGAAUCUCAGCAGACCUCAGAGAUCAGUGCAGAAGCUCAGUCUGUGGAACCAAAAGAUCCUCCGACGGAGCCUGCUACAGCCAUGGUGACGGAGCCAAGCUCCGCAGAAGUGGAUGGAGCUGAUCCAUCUCAACAGAAUGCAGAACCGGAGAAGCCCGCGCAGGAGCAAAGCCAGGAGCCUCCUGUCCCUCUUCAGGAGGUUGAGGGAGGGUCCAAGGAGCGUGGGGAGGGCGAGGAGGCCCGGGGACGGACCAAAGCCAGGUCCAAGAAGAGCAAGAGCAGGAGCAGCAGUAGUAGCUCCUCCAGUAGCUCCUCAUCCAGUUCCAGCUCCAGUGGCUCCAGCUCCUCCUCCAGUGGCUCUAGUAGUAGGAGCAGUUCCUCUGGUUCCUCCUCCUCAUCCUCCAGCUCCAGGUCGCGCUCUCGCAGCCGGGAUGGUCACGCACGCGACAGAAAGCGCCGUCGACCUUCGGACCGGGAGCGCAAGCAGAGCGGAACGGAACGGAGCCACAAGUCGUCCAAGAGCAGUGGACGAGAGAGGAAAGGCUCCAAAGAUAAGGGCUCUAAGUCAGACAGGAAGAGAACGAGUUCCGAGGGCAGCCGGUCGGGAAAGAGGCCCUCUCGCAGUGACCGGGACCGCAAGUCCGACAGGAAGGAAAAACGGCGUUAAAGAGCAAACAGGUUUCAUGUUGCGCUGGUCCCAUUGUCCGUUUUUUAAAAAGAGAAGGCAUUUGUUAGAAAUUGGUGUAUUUAGA